CACAGCAUCCUGUGGUGAAAGCCGACAGUUGGGUCACAUUUAACCGCAACUUGAACAACUUAAAGAUAAUUUCGUGAAUUUACAAGCAGCGGGUGACUUCUCAACUGUGUGACAAUGUCUGGAGAAAUUUCUCUGAUUGGUUCGGUCAUCCUGGCCCUGUUCCUGGCCGGCUACCUGGGCCAGCAGUACUUACCCCCCCCUAAACCAAAAGUGAUCGGCCUGGAUCUGGGCACCACUUUUUGCUCGGUCGGCGUUUUCCACCCGGGCAGCGGGGAGGUGGAGGUGAUCGCGGACGCAGAAGGGAGGAAGAGCAUCCCGAGCGCCGUCUCGUUCACCGCCACCGCGGUGCUGGCCGGACACGACGCCGUGGACCUGGCCGACGGCGACCCGCAGAACACCGUCUACGACGCCAAGAGAUUCAUCGGGAAGAUAUUUGAAGCGGAGGCGCUGGAGGAGGAGAGUGCUCGGUACCCGUUUAAGGUGAUUAACAACAAUGGGAGUGCAGAGUUUCUGCUUUCCACCAACCACACCUUCACCGUGAGCCCGGAGUUCGUCGCCUCUCGGCUGCUGCUGACGAUGAGGAAGAUGGCCGAGCGACGGCUCGACGCGCACAUCCAGAAAGCCGUCAUCGCGGUGCCGGCCGAGUUCGACGAGAGACAGAGGAAUUUCACCGUCAGGGCCGCCAACCUCGCCGGCCUGGAGAUCCUGCGUGUGAUCAACGAGCCCACGGCCGCCGCCAUGGCCUACGGCCUGCACAAGGUGGACGUGUUCAACGUGCUGGUGGUCGACCUCGGGGGAGGGACCCUGGAUGUCUCUCUGCUCAACAAACAGGGAGGCAUGUUCUUCACCAGAGCCAUGGCAGGGAAUAACAAGCUGGGAGGUCAAGACUUCAGCCAGAGGUUGCUCCAGUACACCAUGGAGCGAGCCCGGCAGGAGUUUGGCGCCCCGCCCGCUCUCAAAGAGGACAUCCACCGCCUCCGACAGGCCGUGGAAGCCGCUAAGCUCAACCUCACCCUCCACUCCAGCGUCACCGUCCGCGUGCCCUUGAGCCUCCGCGUCCGCUCGGAGUCGGCCGGAGGCGCCGCUCCCGCCCCGGUCCUCUUCCAGGCCGUGAUCACCCGCGAGCUGUUCGAGCAGCUCAACGAGGACCUUUUCCAGAAGAUCCUGGCUCCCGUGGAGACCGUGUUGGCCGAGGGCCGCCUGGACAAAGCGGACGUGGACGAGAUCGUUCUGGUCGGAGGGUCCACCAGGAUCCCGCGCAUCAGGAGGCUGAUCGGCGAGUACUUUGGGAAGGACCCGAACACGUCGGUAGACCCGGACCUGGCCGUGGUGACGGGUGUCGCCAUCCAGGCCGGCAUCAUGGGCGGCUCCUGGCCUCUGCAAGUGAGCGCCAUCGAAAUCCCCAACAGACACCUGCGCAAGACGAACUUCAGCUAAUCUUCACGAAGGCUAUUUAUUUAGAUUAAAUGGAUGCCUUAACCAUAGAUUCUUCACAUUUUCCUGCAAAAAAGAAAAGUCAAACAAAAGACAGCGUCACCAGAAUGUAGACUUCCAAGACUCAGAUUAUACAACUCCUUUUGCUUUGUUGAGCGAUGAAGGUUUCUGUUUUGAGUCUGAACGACAUUCCUCCUGGACGGAUCGCCGGCUGCAGGAGGGAGCGGCCCCGGUUCCCGGUUUCCUCGUCGAGUUGCUUUUGUUGCACGAGAAGCAAAAUAAACUGAUGAAAUGUGAACGAGGAGCUUCUAUCACCGAUGGAUACUUUAACGGCGUCUAGUUCAGGGAACGACCGUUCUUACAGGACUUUCCGAGUAGCCAGAACAUCUUCAGCUAUUUAUUUAUUUAUUCCCAUUCAGAGUGUAUGUGUGUUUUCCAGGUAUGUAAUGUAUUUUUGCACAUUUCCCUCAAAGGUUGAGACAGUGUGAACUCUGAGUCUCAAUGUAGAGGCGAACCGUUAAAAGCUCGUGUUUCCAAUCCGAGGAAAGUAAAGAUUUAAUUAUGCACAAAAGAUAAUGUCAAAUAUUCCCUCCAUUAUUGACUACUCGCCUCUUCAAAGAAAGAUGAAGGCGUAUGUUGGAGAAAGCCUUGAUGUCUUAAUUCAUUAGUGCCCCCCCCCCUUUGAAUUGAAUGAAAUACCGACUGAAAUAAUUGUCGGGAAAAGAGAAGUGUUGCUUUAUUUUGUGCAAUAGUCGUGUGCUUUAUUUAAAUGAAAGCGACUUAGACUCAUUCAUGCUGCAGCAACAUCUCUGGUGGUCCUGCAGAAGGACCAUUGCAUCACGUUUAGCUGACGCUUUUAUCCAAAGCGACUUCCAAUCGUACACCGUAGACCGCUGCCUUGCUCAGGGACACACGGACUCGGGCGGGGAUCGAGCCACCGGGCCUCUGAUUGGAACACCUGCUGACCCACUGCCUCCCAGGUGGCCGCUUACUGCUGCUGCCCUCAAAUGUAAUUAUUUUGUAUUCAUAACUUCUCCUGCUCUUGGUAGACGGUAAGCUGGUUGUUGUACAUCCAGUAUGAAAGGUGAUUUCCAUUUGUGUCUUUUGGGAAACAACCCAGAAUAAUGAUCAGGUGGUCCAAUAAAACCUUUUUUUUUCUCAACCAAGA